AUCAGCUGACGUCAAAUCAACUGACUACAAUUACAGUUUAGGUUUUUGUUAGAAUAACCAAAAAUAUAUGCACAUUUACUUAUGAUAACUUGCAUGUAAAUAGCUACUAAGCAUUUAUAUCUUCUGUAGCUAGGCUAUAGCGAAAAGAGGUUGCUAAAGCCAGCUUACUCAAUUCUAAACAAAGUAACGUUAUUUCACGUGUUGUCGGGAUUUGUGUGUUUUAACGUGUGACUAUGGACAAGCUAGCCAUAGAUGUUGGUGAUAUUCAGUCCAGGCUAAUGGCCUGUCGUACAAGGGGAGAUCUGCUAUUUUGUGAAUUUGAGGAAAAACAUGGAUUCAGAGAGAGACGUUUCCUGGACAACCUGAACAAAAUGGUGGUGGAGACCAAUGAGCAGUCGUUGCCCAAAUGUUCAGAGCACAUGCAUAGGCACCUCUGUGAGGCCCUCACACGAUUGGAGGAUGGGAAUCACACGUCACACAGGAUCCAGGAGAGGGAGCUAGAGGCAGACCAAGUAAAGACACAGGCUCUCUUCAAAGCCCAUGAAUUACCAAUAGUGAUUUAACCAUUCACAGGCAUGGAUUGUGACAACAGACCAGGGCCCAGUUUCCCGUUAUCGAUGGAACUUAGGCUUACGAGUGUAUGAACAAUGCAUCGUACAACAACCGAAGAAGUCGCUUAUGUUUCCCAAAACACUAAGCAGGGAGAACUUUCACUAAGUCUGUCGUUGGAGCAGGUGUCAUUACUGAUAGGAUGGAAAGAAAGGCAGCGCUGCUCACGGAUCAGCUUGGUCCAUUCAAAUCUUACCUUAACAUUAUAAUUAUUCCACAAUACUGAGGAAGGAUCAGCUGCUGCUCCUAGAGAGCUAUUAUCACAUAUAGGCUAUGGCUGCAAAUAUUAAGGUGGCUUAUUAACCUAAUGCUUAUGCCCAGCCUACACAUCAUUGCUCGCAUGUUGUUACACAUCAUGAAAUAUAUUUAGGCAAAAAUUACAAACAGUAGCCUACAAUUAGCCAAAUAGAACUCAAUUGAUUGAACAAGAAAUAGAUUUCAAUAUGAUUGAAAUGUGUAGGCUUAUGUAGUCUAUACUGUAUUUACCUUUUAUUACAGUCAUCUGGGUUUUCAUUUGAAGCAUAUUUUUAUUCUUCGCUUGUCUGUAACAUACAAAGACUUUGGUAACUUUGUAGUCAACUUUGUUCUGAAUUUAUAGGCGUUUACAGAGAGACAGAUAAACAUCUUGAGUCUGUGUUUAGCAGAGAUCUUCUAUGUAUAAAGUUAUGUGGAAGGGCAAAAAAAGCACCUAACAAUGCACUUAGCUGUUCUAAGAGUGGUCUGAGACAGUUAGUAAAUAAAGAUUGUUUUCAAGUGCAACAUUAGUUCUAAUGGGUUUGGGAAAACAACUCGGGGAUUUACCAAUGCUCCUACAAAGAUUCUAACGAUGAACUUGGUUUUAAGAUGCUUUCGGGAAACCGGGCCCAGGGGUGGAUCAUUUGGCAUCUAACAGGAGAUGGCUGUUUGAAACAGAGUGCCACCCAAAUCUCCCCAACAAGAGUGUUUUCAUUUCCAAUUUCAUUUUUGUCUAGUUCAGAUUUUUUUUGGUCUUCGAGCCUGACCCAGAUCCUUGCGUGUUGUGCACCUUAGAGCACCUAGUUGCAGGUGACCAUAGACAGACAGAAGGAGGACUGGGACAAGUGUCUAAAGGACCAGCAGCGGUUGAAGGAGGAGGUGGACGAGGAGCAUACCAAGGCCAUCGGACGCCUCAGCAUCAUGUACAGCAACAUGAAGAAGAAUCUGGCCAAAUUCUCUCACUUUUAAUCCUCUGUGUGUCUGUCUGCUUGAAAUUAAGUUGUUGAAUUUGAUUGAUGCGGUACUUAGUCAUUGGCACUAACAGAGGACUUCUGAGGACAAAAGUCAACAGUUUCCAGAUCACAAAUGACAAAGUGUGAUUAACAACGUGGCAUUUUCACAGCCCUUCAAAAUCACAAUUUUCUGGCCUAAGCACAUGGAAUAUGUAUGUCAAGCUCUGGAAAAAUGUCAUUUUUAAACCAUAAAUUACAUGAUUGUUCCUUGGCUGCUAAACUUAUUUUUUAAUGGAAUUAUGCUAGGAGGUGUUGAUAGAUGUGUGUUUUCUAUGGUAGGGCAGAUUUUCAAACCGUCAAACAAUUUUGGCAACAGGGAUCUUGAUCCAGGAGGGGAUUGAAUGUCUCCGCUGUAACCAAGAAACUUGAUCUUGACAUCUGGCCACUUAGCUAGCCAGGUUAUUAUUAUUAUUAUAUAUAUAUAUUUUUUACCUUUAUUUAACUAGGCAAGUCAGUUAACAAAUUCUUAUUUACAAUGACGGCCUAAGUUAGCAAACCAAAUGCAUAGCUGGAGCCCUGAGUUUGAUAUAAUUUGACACAUCUUAGAUUCCUUAUAGUUAUACUUAUAGAUAUAAACAGUGGCGUAGCACGCAACCCCCCCCCCCCCCCCCCAAAAAAAAAAGUUUGAACAGUAUUGAAAGUCAUACCGUUGGUAUUUUUAAAUACCCCGGUAUAUGGUAUCAACGGUAUAUUGCCCAAACCUAGUGUUUCCCUCCAACUGAAUGAGAAAAGAAACUGGAUUUUGCCACUGAUUUAGAUAUUUGAAGCUUCAGGCGAGUGAAAAUGUUGAAUGUCAGAAGUGCUAUUCAAAGCUGGGUUGUCAACGGCACAGGUCAACAUCUCAAACUUUACUCACUGAGCAAUUUCCCCAACUAUGCGUGCCUCACCAACUCUUCAGAUUAGGGUACAGUGAACCUUUGACAUCAAGUACAACUAGCAACAUCUCAAAAUAAGUAAAUCAGAAAUGGUUUUACUGAAGCAGGCUCAAGCUGUCAGAAAUUGACAUUAUUUAGUGGUGUUUUCCUGGGCCUCUUAUGUACCUUGUUAAAUGGAGAGGUAUACUUGUAGCGCUGUAUAAAGUGUUUUGUUUAAGGACAGUAUUUGCACUGGGCAAUGGCAUGCUGUUUAGACUGAUGGAUGGAUGGGCACGCUGACACAUUCCUGACCUGCUGGGAACAGGAUUAAUCUUGGCAGAAAGUGACAGAGCAAAUAUUUUAAAUGGCUCUCAUGAACACAGAAUAUGGGCACGGACGCUUUAAAUAAAACUUCAUUGUUGCGUGGGGGGGAUGCAGACCUCAUCAAUCAGUAUAAGUAAAAUAAAGCGUUGCUAAACUCUG